UUCUCUCUCCCAUUUCUCGACCGGAGGGAGAGAGAAAGCGCAGGAAAGACGGAAGGAGUCGUCUGCGAGCCGCGAUUCGUCCUCUGAUUGGAAGGAGAAGGGGGAGGAGGAAACGCGAGAGAGAGACAGAGAGAGCCAACGAGCCAGAGGGGGAGGCGUUGUCCCACUUCUCAUGAUCACCUCGGGAAGAGGAUGGAAACGACGACGGAGAAGACGAUCUGAUCGCAGGCACGGAGGGAUCUCCAUCGCUCCAUCUCUCCUUUCCUUGUAAGAGUUGCGAAAGGAGGAGAGACGACAAAGAGGGAGAGGAGGGGAAGGUUCUGGAGGGAGGAGGAGGACAAGGGAGGGAGAUGGCUGACGAGCAGGAUGGAUCUUCGCGGAACUCCGAGGAGAGCGUAAAGCUCUUUGUCGGGCAGGUACCCAAGAACAUGACCGAGGCGCAGCUCCUCGCUAUGUUCAAGGAGGUCGCACUUGUCGACGAGGUCAAUAUCAUCAAGGAUAAGGCCACCAAGGCAUCUCGCGGAUGCUGUUUCGUCAUAUGUCCGUCAAGGCAGGAGGCUGAUAAGGCAGUUAAUGCAUGCCACAACAAGCGGACACUGCCAGGGGCUUCCAGUCCAAUGCAAGUGAAAUAUGCAGAUGGGGAAUUGGAAAGACUAGAGCACAAGCUUUUCAUUGGAAUGCUGCCAAAGACUGUUUCAGAGGCUGAAGUUUCUGCUUUGUUUUCUACAUAUGGAAAUAUCAAGGACUUACAAAUUCUGAGAGGUUCCCAACAGACAAGUAAAGGGUGUGCUUUCUUGAAGUAUGAAAAGAAAGAUCAGGCUGUUGCAGCUAUAGAAGCUCUCAACGGGAAGCAUAAAAUGGAGGGUUGCAGUGUGCCUUUGGUUGUAAAAUGGGCUGAUACUGAAAAGGAAAGGCAGGCUCGCCGGGCACAAAAGGCUAUGUCUCAACCUCCUCAUGCGCCAGUACCUGGUUCUGCACAGCAGGCAUCCAUUUUUGGGGCUAUGCCAAUCGGCUAUAUUCCUCCAUAUAAUGGAUAUGGUUAUCAGGGGCCUGGGACUUUUGGGCUUCUACAGUACGUGCCGUCAAUGCAAAACCAACCUGGCUAUCAGAACAUUCUUCCAGCAGUCAAUCAACGAGGCCUUCAAUAUGCUGUGCCAUAUUCUGGUGGCAUGUUGAGUCAGAGGCCUAUGGCUGGUACACCUGGUUCAGUACAACAUGGAGUGGUUGAGUCCAAUUCAGCCGCUGUGAACGUCAACAGAAGCUCCUCUGGACAGGUGGAAGCAGGUCCUCCUGGUGCAAAUCUUUUUAUUUAUCACAUUCCCCAGGAAUUUGGUGAUCAAGAGCUUGCAAAUGCUUUUCAACCAUUUGGUCGAGUUUUGAGUGCUAAAGUCUUCAUCGACAAAGUUACUGGAGUUAGCAAAUGCUUUGGUUUUGUUAGUUAUGACUCACCAUCAGCAGCGCAGUCUGCCAUCAAUACAAUGAAUGGCAGCCAAUUAGGUGGUAAAAAGUUGAAGGUACAACUAAAAAGAGACAACAAACAAAGUAAGCCUUACUGAUGUAUAAAGGAUGGAGGAAGCUCAUUGUACACUAUGUUCCAACUGCUAAUGAAGUUGUGAUCUGGAUCCAACUUUAUCAGCUGUUGUAGUGCAAAGGGGAGAUUAUUUAUGGUUCUAUAUGUAAUCUAGUCUAUCCUGUCAUUAAGAUGGGAACCGGCAAUUCUUUCACAGGGAUUGACAUCAUUUUUUUCAGAUUUUUAUAUUUUUUUGUGCAAUUUGCACCAGGAGGCUUGUAUCUGUAGAUGACUACAAUUAAUUAUUCAAUUCAAUUUAAAUGGAUGCUUUCCUUCCAUGUAUCA